AUGAUGCGAUCGGCUCUCCAAAAAUCAGGGGCUCUUGCCUCCAAGUCCAUGGCCAAGCCCAAUGGUUCCAUUGGUUCUGUGCGCUUCAUGGCCAAGGAAAUUAAAUUCGGUGUGGAUGGACGAGCAGCCAUGCUAAGGGGUGUGGAUAUGCUGGCCGAUGCUGUUCAGGUCACUCUUGGUCCCAAAGGUCGCAACGCAAUUAUCCAACAACCCUAUGGCGCUCCAAAAAUCACCAAGGAUGGUGUGACAGUCGCCAAGAGCAUCGAUUUUGAAGAUAACUUCGAGGAUAUGGGGGCACAAUUGAUUAAGAGUGUAGCAUCGAAGACAAAUGAUAUUGCCGGUGAUGGUACCACUACAGCUACCGUGCUUGCCCGUGCCAUUUAUUCCGAAGGGUGCAAGGCCGUUGCUGCUGGUCUCAAUCCUUUGGAUCUCCGACGUGGUAUCCAGCUUGCCGUGAACUCGGUCGUCAAAAAUUUGGAUGACAUCAGUAGGCCAAUCACUUCGAAAGAAGAGAUUUCCCAGGUAGGAACCAUUUCUGCUAACUCGGACAAAGAAAUUGGAGACCUUAUCUCGGACGCCAUGGAACGAGUAGGAAAGGAAGGCGUUAUUACGGUUCAAGAAGGAAAGACUUUGGAAAACGUGCUUGAGGUUGUAGAGGGAAUGAAAUUUGAACGUGGAUAUAUCAGUCCCUAUUUCAUCACAGAUGCAAAGACUCAGACCUGCGAACUUGAAAAUCCCCACAUUCUUUUGGUCGAGAAGAAAGUGAGCAACCUUCAGCAACUUGUCCCACUUUUGGAAAGUAUCAUUAAGAGCCAAGCAUCCUUGCUUAUCGUGGCCGAAGAUGUCGAAAGCGAAGCCCUCGCUACCCUUGUUGUCAACAAACUUCGUGCCGGCAUCAAGGUUUGCGCCGUAAAAGCUCCAGGUUUUGGUGACAACCGCAAGGCCACCAUGCAAGACCUUGCCAUUCUCACCGGAGGAACUGUCAUUUCUGAGGAAAUGGGGAUGAAGUUGGAGGAAACUACCCCUGAACAUCUGGGCAAAUGCAAGAAAGUCACCAUCACCAAGAAUGACACUGUUGUCCUUGAUGGUGCAGGCGAAACGUCAGCAAUCACAGAACGAUGCGAUCUUAUCAGAAACUCCAUCGAGACUACCAAGUCUGACUAUGAGCGAGAAAAGCUUCAGGAGCGUCUUGCCAAGUUGUCGGGCGGGGUUGCUGUUGUUCAGGUUGGAGGAGCGUCCGAAAUCGAAGUACAGGAAAAGAAGGACCGUGUCGUCGAUGCUUUGAAUGCCACCCGAGCUGCUGUUGAGGAAGGUAUUGUUCCCGGUGGAGGAAAGGCCCUUCUAUACUGCUCUACGCUUUUGGAUGAUGUUGCACAAAAUGAAGCCAUCAACAUGGACCAGCGCAUUGGUGUUCAGAUCAUCCAGCGUGCGCUUCGCGCCCCCUUGUCGACAAUUGUCAAUAAUGCUGGAGAAGAGGGUGCAGUGGUGUGUGGAGAGCUGACGAAGGCUGAUGUACCAGUUGAACGAGGUUACGAUGCUCAAAACGGACUCUACUGUGAUAUGUUUGAGGUUGGAAUUAUUGACCCAACAAAGGUUACCCGUACUGGAAUUGUCGAUGCUGCAUCCGUGGCUGGCCUUCUUACAACUUCCGAGGCGAUGAUUGUUGACAAACCGGUCGAAGGAGGAGGUGGUCCUCCCAUGGGGGGAAUGCCGGGAGGCAUGCCAGGAAUGAUGUAG